GACAAGACAACCACCACCUUCAACCCAUUCGAAAGGGACACCCAAGCGCAAACCCACAGAAAGGAUAUUUCACCAAUUUGAGGAGGAACCACAAUACACACAACAUGGCGCUCCCCAUCUCGCGCCCCAAGCUGCCCGUCGCAGUCAACAAGCCGACACCCUACAACUUCGACCUCGGCCUGCUCCUGGCCAACGACCCCAACCCCCUCGAGCUCGACAAGUCCGCCAUCGAAGACUCCCUCGCCGCCACCGCCCGCGACGGCGCCCAGGCCCUCAUCAACCAGCUCCUCACCACCUGCCCCCUCCAGAGCACCCCCGAGGGCGUCCUUCUCUCCCUCCCGGACCCAUCGACCCCUCUCCCGCGCGAGAAGCCCGUGCCGGUGGCUAAGGAGCCCACCAAGUGGGAGCGCUUCGCCGCCAAGCGCGGAAUCAAGCCCAAGACGCGCGAGCAGCGCCGCAACCUCGUCUUUGACGAGGAUACCAAGGAGUGGCGCGCCAAGUGGGGUUACAAGGGCAUGAACAAGAAGGGCGAGGACGAUUGGCUCGUCGAGGUCGACCCCAAGGAGGAGGCGAAGCGCAAGGAGGGCACCACCUGGCAGGGCGACAAGCGGAGGGAAAGAAAGGAGAGGAUCAAGCGCAACGAGAGAAAAAUGAGAAAAAACCAGCGCGAGGCCGGUGAGAAGCGGGAGAAGCGGUAGAGGAGACGAGUGAGAGCAAGGCGUGGG